AUGGAUCCUAAAGGAAACGAAGUUUCUACGAAACAAAAAUGGGCUCACAAAAUCUCAAUCGGAAUCUGCGCGAUGCAACGGAAAGCCACCAGCAAACCGAUGCAGGCAAUCCUGGAGAAACUUAUUGUUUUUUUUGGGCAUUUGGUGAACUUCUUCAUUUUCCCGGAAGAAGUCAUUCUUAACAAACCAAUUGAAAACUGGCCACACUGUCACUGCUUGAUCUCAAUUCAUUCCACAGAGUUUCCCCUUCAAAAAGCAAUCGCUUAUGUGAAGCUUCGAAAUCCGUAUGUGAUCAACAAUCUUGAUCGUCAGUUGGAUAUGCUCGAUCGACGUACUGUCUUGAGAAUUCUCUCAGAGAAUGGGAUCGAGCAUCCACGUCAUGGAUGUGUCAAUCGAGGGGAAUCAAACGAGCCAGACACCGAAUUUGUGGAACAUCCGGAUCAUAUCGAAAUCAACGGAGAAGUGUUUAAGAAACCUUUUGUUGAGAAACCAAUCGAUGCAGAGGACCAUAAUGUGUACAUCUAUUAUCCUUCUAGUGUUGGUGGUGGCUCACGACGUCUGUUUCGAAAGAAGAACAAUCAGAGCAGUUGCUUCUCUCCGCAGUCUGAAGUUCGUAAGGAUGGAUCGUAUAUUUAUGAAGAAUUCAUUCCUGCUGACGGAACGGAUGUUAAAGUUUAUGCAGUUGGCCCAUCCUAUGCACAUGCAGAAGCUAGGAAAGCUCCAGGAGUGGAUGGACAGGUUGAACGUGAUUCCGAUGGCAAAGAGGUUCGGUAUCCAGUAAUUUUGAGCGACGAAGAGAAACAGAUUGCGAAGAAGAUUGUUCUGGCUUUUGGACAGACAAUCUGUGGAUUCGAUUUGCUUCGGGCCGAUGGGAAGUCCUAUGUCUGUGAUAAUACCGCCAUCAUUUUGGGGAAUCAAAUUGUUCGUCAUUUCGCGAACACUGACAGUUGGGAAAUUCCGAGUGACAUGCCACAGCCACCAAUUCUUGAUUCUGGACUUGGCGAUGAUACUCCAACGAUCACAACUUCAUCGGGGACGUCAGCAGAAUUGAGUUGUGUCGUAGAAAAGCAGUCUGAAUCAAGGUAUCGGGGCUUUUUGAGUUUGAUGAGCGAGGAAUUGAGUUCUAGGUAA